AAGGCUCUAGAAUCUCUCCUUCAACAAUCAUUAUAUAUCUGUUCCUUUUUCCAAUGGUGAGAACAGACUCAGGGCUCUCCUAGAUUGGAUCUGGAUUAGGGUUUUAGCCGCCGGCGUUUUCUCCCGUCUUCGCCGACAACGAUCAUAAGCUUCUAACCGUCGUCUCGAAUCGCGUCCGCUGUCUCCAAUCGUGGCCGCCAUUAUCGUAUUUGCCCGUUGCCGUCGUCGAUUUGAUCGUUAAUGCGCACGUAUCUACUCUCGCCUCUCUGAUAUUUAUUGAAUCGUUUGGAAGUUUUCGUCAAAUCAUCAGCUGCGGCGGUAUUAAUGAAGAGAGAACAGACUCCGUCCUGUACUUGUGCUGUUUUAGUUUCUCCUGGGGUCUUAACUUGCAAGACUUGUGGAAGAUCGUCUAUUGAAGGAAUGGGACAUUCAUGUGCAAACAUGCUUGAUACCUCCAAUCUAGAACGUACUAACUUUAUGGAUCCUGAGCUGACUUGGAAGACAGUGAAAAAAGGCUUUAGAAGUUCAUCUAGGCGUUCAAGGAAACCUGCCAGGACCUUGAAUGUGGUCGUGCAACAGGUUGAUAAGAGCAGUAAAAGGGGGAAGCCAUCGGUUUCUGAGUCAGAGAAGCUUGGUGUUGCUGUUCUUGGGCGACGUUUUGCUGAGAAAAUAGAGCAUGUUCCAAUUAAGAAAAGGAGACCACCGCUCCAGUCUCCUACAACACCACCUCAAACCCCCUCACCACAUUGUGAAGAGUCUCUAUCAUCUCAACCUUCCUCUUGUCCACAACCUGAUGAUUUUGAUCAGAAAACAGAGAAUAAAGGUAUUUCAAGUCCAUGGUGGUGUUCAGAUGAUAGUUGUUUCCCUAUGGCAGUGCAGUUGAGCAUGAAGAAUGAUUUUGUGAAUAAUCGAAAGCGUUCCAAGGUAUGUAAUGGAAAGCUUGGUUACACUGAAGACUUCUCAGGUAUUGCACUUCUUGCGGCUGCCGCAUGCAAUAGCAGCACUAGUGAUGAUGCUCAGGAAGAUCAGAAUGGUCCAACAGUAGAUGAUUUCUUGACAUCAGGUCGAAUUGUCUCUUCGAUAUCUGCUACACCUUUAGGGAAAAGUACUACACCCUCGGAAUCAGGCAAUCUGUUUCUGAAAGAGUCUGAAAAGGAAGAGAGUAUUGAUGAUUUGGUAGUUCAGGAUAAUUCUGUGGUUUUGGCGCAGAAUUUACUAGAUAAGGGAGAGAGUGCCAGAAAGAGUUCAUCUUCUAAGAAAGAAGUCAGGCUACACUGGGAUCUGAAUACUGUGAUGGAGGCGUGGGAGCUAUCCCCCGAUGAUCUAAACAUUGUUUCUCAAAGAAAUGGUUCAGACGAUGCCCCUGAUGUUAUUGUGCAUGAUGAAAAGCCCGAGAAAUUGGAAGGUCGAGUCAAUUAUAGGGAACAUGUGCAUGCUCCGGAACAGUUAUAUUAUUCUGCUGCAAGAACGGAGGUUUCUACUCAGUUUGUUAGCAAGGAUAAAUCCCUUGAUACUUGUCUUUUCACUGGAUCUGAGCCCAUCUCAAACAGGCUUCUUUCUGAGGAAAAGAUAAAUUCAUCUCCUACCAGUGUUAUCAUAUCGAAUAUGGAAGCUUCUAGCGGAACAUCUGCCAUCCUACUUGGCCAAAAGGUAUUCAUAGAGAAUGUUGCUCCAGGUAUUCACCUUGAUACAGUAAUAUUGGGUAAGGUUGUUUGUGAGAGUGACAGCAUUCAAGCCCAAGAAGUUUCUACAAAAGCGGUUGAUUUACCUGGUAAUAGAACCUCUCUAACAGAGUUGGUUAGUUCAGCCACCCGUCAAUUGUCAGAUGUGGGGUAUGCAAGUGAAUCCGGGAAAUCAGGUCUUUCCAACGCUUCACCGGUUCAUGACAAUUCUUCUGGAUUAGACACCACUUUCAGAGAAGGGCAACCUAUUGUUGCCGUUGAUGUGGAGAGGAAACAAGACAAAGAAGCUCCUACUGCAGAUGCUGUUCCUAUGGAUUCUUCAUUCCAUUGGGAGAUGAAGGAACUCACGCCCAAGUAUUAUGAAUGUUUUGGCAAGGUAGAUUUAGCAGAUGCUAUUGAUGAUGGGAAGGGCUUAGAUGUUUCUAACAGAAGAAAUGGUCCAACUGUCUGUGCUGAGAAGAUGAACCAGAUUGAGGGGGGUUACGAGUCUCCGUUUGAGGAUGGAGAAUUGCGGGAGUCAGUCGUAUAUUCCUGUGAGGAGAAUGACGGUGACGGUGAAACUGAAUGUGUGGACUAUGAUUCUGAUUGCAGAGACCGAGAUGGAUUUAAUGCUGCUAAUCAAUGUACGUCAGAAGUUGGUUCUGAUAGUUAUGUAAAUGGCGACAAUGGAGGUUUUCCAGAUAAAGAAUUGCAAUCUGGAAGAGCUAAUCCUCUUAAGGGAUCAAACCAUUCGUCGAGUUUGAUGAUGCGUGCUGGGCAGAAUCAUUUUCCUGAAGGUUUUGACUGUUCUACUGAAAGGACUAGUGAAACAAAUAACAUUGACACACAAAAGAAAUUUGCUGCUGAAUUGAUGGAAGGACAUGAUGUCGUAGGUUCUUCUGCUGGAGAGGUUGGCUCAAGGGCAAGCAGGGUCAUUUUUUCAUCGAAUUUUGAAGGAACAUCUUGUUCCGAUGCCUUGCAUAGAAGCGAUAAUGUUUAUAUGCAGCGGGGAAGGAAUGACUCCCUUUUUCAACCUGGAAGGAUGUUCACUUCUGAAAAGUACUUGGAAAGGGAUAGAUCACUACAGCAUCGAAACCAAGGGGAUUCAAGAAACUAUUAUCAAACUGGCUACUCACAAGGUACUUGGUACCCCAGGCCAAGAAGCAUUGCUAAUUCUGGGGCAAAGAUUGACGGAUUGACCUUUCGUGAUCAGAGACGGUAUACGAAUUAUUCCUCGAAGGAUGAGCAUAGACCCCCAAUUAGACAGAGAUCGCCAGUUGACAGUGAUGAUGGUUAUAGUGCAUCUAGGAGAACGGUAGUUGCAAGAGAUAACAUUGAUCACAUUAGGAGCAGAGGCAGGGGCAGAAUAUAUGGGCAGGGGUUUAGUAGAGUCCCGAGGGAGGAGUACGAUGGACCUUUGUGUAACCACCCUGCAUCUUUUUCUGUUCGUCCGCCGCAUUAUAUUUCUAGGAGGGAACGCAGCUUUUCUCCCAUUCGUGGCAGAGGCGCUAGUUUUUCCAGACCCCAACAGAAUUCUCGAUCGCGAUCGAGAAGCAGAUCGCUUACAUUUCGUGUGCAGAGGGGAAGGAACAUGGGAGUAAGACGCCUGAGUAGAUCUCCAGAAUUCAGGUCUGAUGCGAGGAUGGGGAGAGGCAGGAUGCCCUUUCCGAAGUCCAAUUAUGCCACAUAUGAUGAAGAUGGUCCCAUAUCCCCAUCAAGAACUCACUUCUCCUCACAGCGUCAUCCCAGAUGGAUCGAUGAUGAAAAUUGCGAGUCCAAUAGUUUUGUGGAGAGAAAAUCACCAGGAAGAUUGAUUGGUGCAAGACAAAAGCUCAAUUUUGGGGGGUUUCGUGGAAGAACGAAGUCAGAUGAGUGUUUUAGACCCAUGAUACGGGCUGGAAGGUUUGCUGAUUAUUCUGAUGGAGGUGCUAGGGAACAUAAGUAUAGCGGAGGUAACAGGGAGGGGACAAAAUAUCACGACAAAUAUGAUAACAUUGAGAAGAAUCAUGGUCUGAGGCGCCGUAACACCAAUGGAGUGACAAGGCGGUUCCGCAUCGAUGAAAAAGGUUGUUCUACGUUGCGUAAUAGUCUCAAUGAAGAAAGCUGUAUUAACGGUACUGACAGAAGGGAUAUACAAAGGAGCACCACGGAAGGGCAAAGUCCCUUUCAGAUUUAUCAGCGAAAGGAUGUAUGCUUCCGGCCCCAAGUUGUCUAGAAUUUUGUGUGAUUCUAAUGGUGAUGUAUCACCCAGCAGAGGAUUACCGAUGUGGCCUUUGCAAUCAUAGGCUUAUCCUUUUUGCGCGGUUUUUAUAGUAGAUAGGAUAUCUUACAUCUGAUCAGAUUCUUUUUCUCCUUUGGGUAGAUAAAUUUUUUUUUUUUAAUUGUUAAGCUGCCUUAUUCUAGCUGGCAGUGCUUAGCGCUUCUGGAAGUUAUUGUUAACCAUUCUAUUUUUGUUGAGGGAUUCUAAUGGUUUUAUUGUAGCUCCUCUUUCUUGGUCUUUUUUUUAACCCGUACCCCAGACUUGUGGGAUUUUUCCUUUGGCGAACUCUGCCAUUGUUGCUGUAAUGAGGUCACUCCUCUUUCUCGGUCUUUUUUUACCAGUGCCCUGGACUUUUGGGAUUUUUCCUUUGGCGAACUCUUCCAUUGUUGCUGUAAUGACUGUACAAAAGGCGCUUUAAAUGCUCUCCUUGGUUGUUAAAUAUUUCUUGUAUGUAGCUUCUGCCCAGUUGCAGCUGUUUUUGUAUGCUAUUUUUUUUCCCUUUCGUUUUGCAUUAUUGCGAAGGCAGUACAAGCACUAAAAUCAGCUUUGUGCUUUGAUGAUUUUAUCUUUUUACCGCUGAUGUUUUUACCUUUUUGGUAUGGUUUUACCAAUGUGGCAUCAUCAGCAUAACCAAAAGUUAUUAGAUUUGCAGAAGCUUUCAGUUCUGUAAGCAUUCAUAUUGUUUCUUUCAUGAUUUGGGAAGGGAUAACUUAUGGUGCAAUGGUUACUUAUUUGCUUUAAAGUGCUAUAACACAAGUUGCUGAAACAAACUUGAGGAACUCCAAGCAAUAUUGCUUCCAGACUUCAUCCUUAGGUUUGGCAUUUUUGAAUCCUGCUAACUGUGGUUUAUUUUAUUUUAUUUUGUUUUAUUUUUGCUCAGAGCCUCUUUCUGGAAGUUUGCUUUGCUGAUGCUUUCUCUAGCUACUAUAGACAAAUCACGAGGAGGAUAAGAAAGGUACUGUUUUUGAGAUUAUUAUCCUUGUUCUUAUACACAGCUCUCUUUCUCUCUCAUGCACGCAAGCACGCAAGUGCACACAAACACGCAAAGAGAGAAAGAAAGAAUGAUAUUACAUGCAUGUAUGCCUGCUCCCACUUGGCAUCUAUGGGUGGAGAGAAUCUACAGCUGAGUUUGUUCCCUUUGAUAUAUGCAAGUCACUGAUUGGUGAUGUAGAGAAGGCAUUAUUGGUUUGGUUAUUGCUAGUUUAUGUAGAUGGCAAUUUUUUCUAUGGAUAAUUUGGAUUGGUGAAAGCUUUUGGUAUAUGGUUUUCAAUAUAUCCCUUCACUUGUUUUGGCUGUCAUAUGUGUGGAAAAUUGCUUGUCUCGAUGAGUUGUUGCAAUUUGGUAUUUGACGCUCUCUUUUUCAUUGAUUUUUCUCAUGUUAUGUGGAAUAUGAUCUAUACUUAAACUUGUUUGUUAUGACUACAAAACAUUGAUAACUUUUGAAACCCCACUCUUUUUGUAGCUUUUGGAGCAUCUGUGGAAGAACGCAUUGAAAAAGCUUUCCCUCCUCACCAGCUAAAGCUGAUUGAUUUGAAAUGUAGGUUAUCUGACUCAUGGGAUGAGCAGAUUGCUGCAAUGUCUUGCCUCAUCUUCUUUGGACCGCUAACAAGAACCCAAUGGGUAAAUGUAGUAUCUUGUAAGAAGGCCAAUGAGCAGAAGAAAUUUGAGAAAUGAGGAUGAAAUUAAAGCUCCUAGCCAAAGCCAGCUGUAUGAGCCUAAAUUGUACACAUCCGUGGCACUGGGCUUGAACCAGAUGAGUUGGUAGAGCUUUUGGUCAUCUGAAGGGAGUUCUUUCUCUAUUGUUACAUAUUCCUCUAUCCGCAAGGGCAAUUGAGUAAUGUCGUAGUUGGUGCCAGAGACUGGGAGGCGGAAAUCUAGCAUGGUGAGAUCCACAGAUUUCUUGAAAGCAGUAACGAGGAGAAACUGUUUUGUGCUGCAACUUCUUGUGCUUGUGCUAAAAAGGAGCUCACAAAUGAUAGAGCUACAAGGAUUGAUGUCACUCCCUCGGCUUAUCGUCACUAGUGUGUCGUGGCUGCAUGGUCCUUCAACAGAGACCUCAAGGCACUCCAGUGGAAUAAGCUGCGAAAGAUUUGGUACAAUGUUUGAUAUCAGCUUCCUUCACUUUUUAUAAUGACACUUAACCUUUCAGGACCGGUAUUUUGUUGGAGGUAAACGGUGAAAGGAUGCCAUUGAAGCUUGGAGAUUUCUGUUAUGUGUAUGAACAUGCUACUUGUUGGAUUAUAACUCAAUCUUGACACAGGGACGAAAUAAUAAGAGCAUAAGUCACACCUGUAAGUUUCCAUCUCAAAUUCCACUUUUCAUGUUCAUAAUUUACUUCCUCCAUCCCCAUUUGUUUGUCCCUUUUCACUAUUUUGGACAUCUGAAAAAAUGACUGUAUUUUCUAAUUUAUUUGUUUUUGACUUUUUAGAUGAUUAUAUAUGCUUUAUCUAAAAGAGCUAAUAGUAUUAGUUAAAAUAAUUGUUUUUUUU